UAAAUGUUUUGCUUAAGCUUAUUAUAUAAAUUAUACGAUUGUCUCGCGAGUUAUAUCAUUUUAUACAUAGUACUUAUUAAGUAACUGUGAUAACUUACAAUUAGUCAUAAUAGUAGUAUGCGUCAUCUCUGUGCUAUGUUCUCUAUUGUUCAACAAUUUCUUUCGAAAGUUUUCGAAAGUGAAAUUAUGGCCGCAGCGCAAGGAAACUCAAAUUAAUUCACAUUAAUAAUGGUAGCUACUGGUACCACAGUUUUGAUGGCAGCUAGCGAGGAGAAUUUGUCAAGUAAGACGGAAAAUACUACGACACGUUUGGUGAAUCAAAAUAUUUGUUUGCAAGGUGGCGAAUUACAGCAUUAUGAUCAAAAGAACAUUGAAUCAUUGAUUAAGGAAGAUGUGACUACUUGUUCCUCUAAUAUUAUAAAGAAGAAGCAAUGUAGUCUUACAGCGGAGAAGAAUAAUAAAAUAAUUUCUAAGAUAGAGUCCAAGGAGAAUAAAAAUAAAAAUUGUGCAAUUUGUAAAACUACUCAAAUUCGUGAAACCAAAACCUCUAGAUUACGAGCUGCUUCUAUAAUGUUAUCCAACGAAAUGGAUGUAACAUUAUCUAAAAAACGUGGAUCAGAAGCUCCUGGUUCUCAAAGGUGCAAUUCAUCAACUAAACAAAAAAAUUCCACAUCUUUAGAUGAUGGUGUUACCGUGAAUCCUAUCAAGGAAAGAGAUAAGACCUACAAACGAAAAUCUUAUUUAAAUAAAUCACGUCAUGUAGAAGCAGUGUCUACAGAUUAUUCAAGAGAUGUGGAUUCCAACGAAAGACGCUUUAGAAGGCAAUCUAACAAACAAAAUCAAGUAUCUGAAAUAUCAAGUUCUAUUGGUUCUUGUAGCAAUCAUCAAGUAACAAUUGCUAGUCCACGCAGAAAGUAUAUCGAUUCAAAGAUAAGUGAAGCUCAAUGUAGCAAUAUGAAGAAUCUCUCGAAGACUUUCCCAUCAUCAUCUGUUGCGUCUACUGUCAGCACAAAGCGUUCCAUUAUACAGCAACCUAGUAGUGACGAUUCGGAGGUUUCACGCAAAGUGGAUAUGUUAACGGCGCUAACGCGAGCUACCAUGGAACGUGUGGAAAGACUCGCAUCUGCUACAGGCUACGCGAAUCAUUCGACCGAGAAAAUGUCAACCUCGCCAAAAAAGUGUAACGUGUCGAAGCAUGCGCCAAUUUCAAUCCUUAAACAUAAAACAGUCGAUGGCGAAGGAAGCGAACGUCAAACGUCAUCCAGCAGUUCCCCUCACGUGCCGUCACCAGUAACUUUCUCGCCGUCUGUCGUGGAACCUGUCUCUCACAAAAGACACGGUAUCCUGAAGAAACGGAGCAGUCUAGAUGAAAGUGAGAUAUUACGUCGUCGUAGCUGUUCUCCCGAUGUUUUCUUUGCUGAUAACAACUAUUCGGAGUUUCGGCCAAUCUUAAAAAAUCAAAGGCGAUCAUCAUUAGAUGAAAUCGUCAAGAGAGAUCAGAGUCCUGAUCAACAGCCUGCUUCGAUAUUGAAGCGCAAAUCGUCUAAAGAAGAUGACAGAGAGAUUCACCAAUUGCAAUUAGGAUUUCCAGAGCCGCAGAGUAUUCUAAAACGAAAACUCGCAAACAAUGUGCGCGCUAAUAGUGUUAAUCAUCAUGUGACUAUUGUGUCGGAUGUCGUAAACACGAAUGCAGGUGGAAACACAAUCGCUAAUACGACUACGAGUUUAGUUUCCGAUGGUCUUGAUGGAUCUGAAGUGAGGCCGAUCUUAAAGAAAAAAUAUGGCAAGGAAGAAUUUGCCGGAGGUGAUGUUUCGUCUCUCGAGCCUCGACCUAUACUAAAGAAGAAAUUAAGUACAGACUCGGAUGAACACGAGCAUGAUAGGCCAAAGAAGACAAUUUUAAAGUCUUCACGGAAAAAUUCAUACGAAGAGGGCGGUUAUGAGACAGAGUCAACUUCACCGAGAAAAUUGUCCGCGUUAAAAAAUCGAGCAACUGAAAUCGAGAAUGUACGACCUAUAUUGAAGCAAUCGAGCAGUAGUCGUUAUCAUGAUGAUACGCGCGACAUAACGACAAACUCAUUUUUGCGAAAGAGAGCCCAAUCCGUGGGCCACGCGCGAUCCAUCAACGACGACGAUUGUGUCGAGUCAAUCCGCGUCUUAACUAAACGAAGGUCUCUCGAGUCAAGCUCACCAAUCGAUGUAUUGCAUACAUCGACAAUUGCAAGUUGCAGUUUCACAACCGAUCGACCCGAUGUAUGUGACAUCUCCUAUGCAGAAAAUAGUUGUGCAGUUGAGGAUAGUAAGCUGUCGUGUGGGAAAUCCUGUCAAAUCAAACAAAAUCAUAUGAAUAAUACGGAGGAGAAGAAUAAAAUGGAUUCUCAUGUAUAUUUCGUGAAGCUCGACACCGACGUAGACACCGACAAUCAUCGCGAUGGAAUAGAGAAUCUUACUCAGACGACUGACAAGAAAGAAAUGAAAAACAAGGAGGAUCGGCGGGAUAUACAGGAGAAUUCUGCUACUAUUCAUCGCAACAAUAGCGUGUCAAAGAUGACACAACACUUUAAGGCCCUACAGGAGAAGGUGAGCGCUACAACUGGUGAUUCUCAACAUAUAUCUAUGCAGAAAUCAUCUCGCGGUGUUCAACGUUAUCGCGAACGUAAAAAGACGCAGGCCUGCGAAAGAUUUAACACGCAACCGGUAACUUCUCAAGAAGUGCGUGAGGCAGUUUUACAGAAUCAGCGCAACACCGUUGCGUUGAGUAUUUCGGGAACACUUGCUAACGAACCUGAACCAUCUAAACUCAGCUUAGCCGAACGCGUGCGACUUUUCGAUCAAAAGAUUACGACUUCAAAUACUGCUGCAUAUCAGAAAAGAUUAACUCAGAAUAAACGAUUAUCCACACGCUACAAAACACAGCCUGUAACUUCCGAGGAGGUUGAAGUGGCGUCUCGGAUAUCUUCACUGAAUGUAAAUCAUCAAAUUCGAACCUUAAUCGGAGAGCAUUCAAAGGAAUAUGAGAGACCACCUUAUGCAUCGCCGCUUACAAGCAUGUUGCAGCAAGAUUUACCAAAAAGUAUUCUAAAAUCGUCCAUUGGUUAUACGAAAAAUCUUUGUACUAAAGUCGCAGAACUGCAAACUGCGAAAUUGACAAAGCCUAUGCUCAAGAGGGAAUCUGAGGAAUCGGAACAACCAGCUAUCUUGUCGAAUUCCGAAGUGUCUCUUCGUUCUAUUCUAAAGAGUAAUCUUAACUUGAAGCCUAUUCAAAACGCGAAUGGUGCAACAACAUCGAAAAGUGAAGGAAACUCAUGUGAUAUCGAGAGUCAAAAUCAAAGCAGUGAAACUGCUAAAUUCUGUGAGGGAUUAGAUGAUAGUUCCGACAUAACGACUAGUGUGACGCAACACAAUUUACAAUACAUUUGCGACGAUACGCAAGCAAUUGUUUCUAAGAAAAGUGAUAACGUAGAAAACAGAGCUACAGUGCCUUCUCAUAAAACUGCGAUAUUUCAGAAUGAGAAAAUUCUAUUGAAUGACAUAAAUAACUGUAAUAUUGAUACCAUUUCGAACAAUAGAAUAUUAAUGAAACGCGAUGAUAAGUGGCAUAAUAAUUUAUCGAUAGACAAAUCGAAUAGGAUAUCGGAUCUUCGCAACGACAACGAUAACAAUGAUAAUGAGGACAACGAAAAAGGUGCCGAUGACAAAAAAGAGAAGAGAACAAUAGCGGAACUAAACGUUGACGACGAUGAUCAGGGAUCGUCAUCGUCCAAUGAUUAUGAGGUACAUAAUAUUAUUGAGAAUGAAAAACAUACUGAUAUUACACAAUGUUUUAAUUCAUUAACCAAGAAUAUCCAUCAACACUUGCGGGAUAAUGAGAGGCGAAAAGCACAACAACGUUUGGAACAACCGUGUCGCAGUGCGACCCAGGUAAUAGCAUCCAUAGAAACGAGCGAAAUGCCGAAUGUGAGUAUUGCCGAUCGAUUGGCCGCACUACGUCACAGUGGUAACACAAGUUGGAAGCAACGCGUGGCCGAUGGCAAAACUAAUGAAUCAUUUGACAAAUUAUUGAGCGCGGACGAGAACACGAUGCUCAAGUCAGGUGUGUUGGCCGACUGCAUCGAAAAGUUAGAGUCCUCCAUGGAAAGCUGGAAGAAUAGAAUCGUGAUACCAGACGCGAUUAAUUUCACUGUUGCUGGUAAAAUGAAAGUGGUCCAAUCGAAAGACGAAAAUUCAUCAUUUCUCACGGACACUAUAGCGAAUAUUUCAAAUCAAAAGAAAAAAGUACCACGUCCGCAGCGAUUCAAAACGAGAAAAGGUGCAGUAUCAACUCCUACAAGUCCAUGCAAAGAUUUGUCUUCAACCAUGCGUACUAGUUUCUCUGAACCUGCUAGCGACGACAGCGGUGAAGAAUGUAAAGCGGAACACGUCUUGUUGCCAACUGUUUCGGUACUUAAAACGGAUGAUGAAACGUUUACCUCUUUCUUUAGCAAUGUAUCAUUGGAAAAGUGCGAAACCGAAUGUCUUGAUUUAGAUGAAAAUGACUUCGAUAUAAUUGCACCGCAAUCCAAAUUAUUAGUGCAAAAACGAAACAUACGAACGCAACGUCGACGAGCCACUUCGAGAAAUCCUCUAAAAGUUCUCGCAGCACGCACCGAUUUAAGAUCAGAAUAUACCGAGAUUCGUACAGACAUAGUCGCGAGAACGAUCAAAAACCUUAACGUAGAAAAACUCGCAAAGAAUUCUUCCUUCUCUGUUGAGGCUCUCGCUGGUUUAGCGUCUACCGAAGACUUUAGCACAGUGACUCUGAAAAAUAUAUCAGAAACAAAUGUAUCCGCGAAUAAAUUGCAACCAUAUAAAGAUAUAAUGUUGAUAUUAGUUAAAGGAAGACGACAUGUUCAAGUUAGACUGGUUGAGCCUAUCGCCGAGAGUAUCAAUAGCGGUGAUAAUUAUUUAUUAGUAACGAAAUCGGAGAUUUUCAACUACAUAGGGAGAUACAGCAAUAUCAUUGAAAAAACCCGUGCCGUUGAGAUCGCGUUGAGCAUUCAACAACGAAAGGAUCUAGGUUGUCAAGCGACUAAAAUUAUUUCUGUAAACGAAGAUAAAUUAAACUGUACGAAGGAUGAAGUCCAACAAUUUUGGAAGUAUCUUGGUGUGUUCAAUAAUGAAAGACUCAAUGUUGUCGAGGCUGGUCAUCCUGAUGAAGAUGAACUCUAUGAAUCUGCUAUUAUCGAUACAAAUAUGGUAUAUGAAUUGAAAAAUGAACAGUUAGUGCCGCAUGAAAAGUUCUGGGGUACAUUACCUAAGAUUGAAAUGCUCGAUAAGAACAAGAUCCUAGUGUUUGACUUUGGCACCGAGAUGUAUAUUUGGAGUGGUAAAGGAGUUACGGCGGACAAAAAGAAGCUCGCCACACGACUUGCCACGGAGAUGUGGAAUGAUGGAUACGAUUACAGCGAAUGUACUGUUUGUCCGAUUAACGCGGCUCGUUUAAUCGGUAAUCGGACAAGUUCCAGUUCAUCCGUAAAAUCCGCCAAGAGCAGACCUGAGUGGUGUUUACUUGCUAAAUUGACACAACACGUGGAGACGAUACUCUUCCGAGAGAAAUUUCUCGAUUGGCCUAAUGUCACAAAUGUGAUAAAGGCGCGAGGUCGAAAGGACAAUAUACGACAAAUCGAUGGUGUUAUAAAUAUACACUUGGAUGAUAACGACGAUAUGUGGUUACCGAACACUACUUCAGUUGAUCUAAUCUUAGAAGGAUGUCAUUUAGGUAGAGGCACUGGUUAUUACGAUAACGAGCUAAGGAAAGAGUAUGUCGUCGUUACCACAAACGUGAUGGUAUGGCAUAUCGAUGAAUUCUCGCAUGCACUUUUAAAUGAAUCGUCUAUUGGACAAUUCUAUUCUGGUGAUAGUUAUAUCAUUCAAUGGUUGUACUCUGUUACUAUUACUGGUAGGGAACUCACUGGUUUGCCGUCUAAACACUUGGCAAAGGGUCGAGAUAGAUCCGUAUAUUUUAUUUGGCAGGGCAGAAAUGCAUCUUUGAAUGAAAGAGGUGCUGCAGCGUUGCUAACAGUCGAAUUGGGCAAUGAUCGAGGCCCUCAGAUUCAUGUUGUCCAAGGACAUGAAUCGGCUGCAUUCUUAAAUUUAUUCUCUGGAAAGAUGAUAGUGCACAGUGGUAAGAAAUCUGAGAAAAAACAUGAGCAAUGGAGAUUGUACAUUUGCCGAGGUACUUUAAGUUCUGAGACAUUUUUGAUUGAAGUCUCUUGUAGCACUCGACAAUUGAGAAGUAGAGGUUCUUUUGUAUUGUUAAACACCAAAAGUGCAAAAAUAUACGUCUGGCAUGGAAACAACUCAUUACGCCAUAUUAGAGAGAAUGCAAUAAAAGCAGCAAAUCAAUUGAAGAAAAAUCGACCAGAGGAAGUCGAAUUGUCAAACAAGGAUAAUAUACAAAUUCAUGAAAUUUAUGAAGGUUCGGAGCCUGAAGAAUUUAGUAACGCAUUAGGUGGUAUGAAUAAAAAAUUAUACUGGUCGUUGGAAACGUCUGAAAUACAAGAUCAUACUCCAAGACUUUAUCAUCUAUCGAGUAUUUCUAAAACCUUUCGCGCAAUGGAAAUAUUAUGUUCCCAUCGUGCAGAUCUCACGACACCGUUUCCGUUUUCACAGGAUGAUUUAUAUCAAGCGAAUCAACCAGCCUUAUUUUUAUUGGAUGAUACAAACGUGAUUUGGAUUUGGCAAGGAUGGUGGCCUGAUAAUGGAACGGAAGAUCAAUCUGGAAGUAAAACUAUCCGUUGGCAGGCUGAGAGAAGAGCAGCGAUGACAUUGGCGAUACAAUAUUGGCGAAAGACUCGAAAUGUGCAAACAACGAAUUUACCAAUAUAUUUAGUAUGGGCUGGUUUAGAACCUUUGCAAUUUAUAAAUCUCUUUCCUGAAUGGAUGUAUCGGGAUGAUGUUGCUGAAUUAAAUAUAGAAGAUGGCCGACAUCCAGGAGAAGUGUUAACUGCAGAGAAUGAAUUGGCUCGCUUAACACAAAGCAUAUAUCCUCCUGCUCAGUUAUUGCAAAGACCUUUACCAGACGGAGUCGACCCUACACGUUUAGAAUUGUAUUUAUCACAACAACACUUUCAAGAACUAUUGGGAAUGAGCAAGGAAGAAUUUCAACAGCUUCCAAACUGGAAACAAGUGAAUCUUAAAAAAGAAAUAGGAUUAUUCUGAUGGAUUGUUUUGACUGUCUAUACUGUAAUCGAUAACUGUGUUUGCAAAAUGUUCAAAUUUUUAUUGUUUCCGAUAUUUAUAACUUGAAAAUUGGAGAAAACUGUUUCUAAAUGUGUUUUUGUUAAAACUUGCCAUAUAUAAAACGAAAUAUUUCGAUCGAGAGUAUGUUAACGACGAUAAACCUAAUAUAAUAAUUAACCGAAGAUUAAAAAUUAACACGGGUCGGAAACAUUGCCAGCGCUAUUUGAAUUAUGACGCAUAUAUAUAAUGAUAUAUAAUAGGCAUACAAACACAGAUAAUUAUAUAUUUUUAAUACCUGCUCGAUGAGAAUCUGCUUGCGAACAUUUUCUUUAUAUUUGUAUAAUCUUUAUAAAUUUGCGUAUGUGAAUGAUAUGUUGUUCUACCUUAUUCCUUCAUGUAUAAUAUCUAUGUAUAA